GAGCCUUGAAAUUUGUUUCUUUAAAUUUGUUGCACUUAAUUUACAGAAAUCUCCUUCUUCUCUAUAUCCAACUUUCUUGUCCGGUGAAUUUGGACAAGUUUUGGUCUCUAUAGUUUCUUACAAGUUAGUUUGAGAGCGAGGGCAAAGAUGGUAAACGCUACAUUUUGUCCAUUUUGCAUAACACUUUCUGUGAAAAUAUUACCGACUAUUGGUCUCUUAUAGUGCCGGGUCUAUUUACUGGCUAUGACUUUUGCUUUGCAUCUAUUUUCUGGUUUUUAUGUUGUUAUUUUCCCUAUGAUUUCUGUGGCUGUAUUCAUCACUGAUAUUGCUAAAUUAAUUCUUAUAGUCCUCACUGUCAUAAGAUUUGGAAUGAUAGAAAUCCAACUAUAGUCACAAAUUAGACAAGUAGAUUCUUUGGCUCUUUGUUUUUGUCAUUUGUUUGAUCUUUCCCACAUAUGGUAUCUUAACAUCUGAAAGUGAAUAAUUAAUCAGCAUCUUUUGAUUCCAGAAGUUUACUUCAAAUUCUCAAAUAAGUUAGAUAGUUUGGACAUGUGAGGAGGAGAAGCACAAACGUUUUCUCAAAUAAGUUAGAUAGUUUGGACAUGUGAGGAGGAGAAGCACAAACGUUUUCUCAAAUAAGUUAGAUGGUUUGGACAUGUGAGGAGGAGAAGCACAGACGCUCCGGUAAGGAUGUGUGAGAGGUUGAUAUUGUAGGGCCUUAGGAGAAGUCGAGAUAGGCCGAAAAAGGGUUGGGGUGAGGUGAUUAGGCAUGACCAAAGGCGGACCUACAUGUUGCAAUGAGGGGUCGUCGGACCCAAGCUUCGGCAAAUUUUUUGAAUAUGUAUAUGUAUAUACCUUAAAAAUAGUUAAUUUAAAGCACUUGUACCCUGAACAUUAAAAGCCUUUAGGAGGCACUGAUUGAGCAGAAUACUGUGCCCCCUUCGUGUAAAAAUCCUGGGUCCGUCUCUGGGCAUGACAUGGCGCAACUACAACUGACCGAUGACAUGACCCGUGAUAGGAAGGUGUGAAGGUCGAAGAUUAACAUAGUAGGUUAAGAAGUCUAGAUUAUUCAUACCGGUAGUGUUAGUACGCACGCUCACAUUUGGUUGGUAGUAGGCUUAUUUGAAUACCUGUUUUUUUUUUCUUCCCGAUCUUCUUACUAUCUUGCUGUGUAUGCCGGCUUUUACAUGAUUUUUGGGUGUUGUCCCAUCUUGUUUCUUGUUAUUAUUGUGGUAUCUAUGCUUGCUUGAGCUGAGAGUUAAUUGGAAACCGCCUCUCUACCUCCACAAAGGUAGGGGUAAGGUCUGCGUACACACUAUCCUCCCCAGAUUCCCACUAUGCGGGAUUAUACUGGUUGAUCAAAGGAGUCUCGGGUUGUGAUGAUUCUCUCUAUGGAAUUCUAUGUAAACAUCUAGAAUCAAGAACCUCUAAAUUUUCUGCAUCAGAAAGCUCCAGAACUUUUGGACAAUUUUGUGAAAACUCUGAUGAUCAUAUAAUGCCUAUGUGUUCACAUGAGUUGGAGAUGUAUGAUACAGCCAGUACAUCAAAUAAUCCUUUGGAUAAAUGUGAUUUGGCUGAUGAGAAUUUUAAAUCAAGAGAUACCUUGCAUUCACUGGUGCAAUCUUCUGUUAGUUUUAGACACAAACCUGAAUCUUCGACAAAAAAUUUGCUUCAGCAGAACAAGUCAGCCCUGAAGGGUGCCAUAACCUCGCGCCAUCCUUAUCCAAGUAUGGCGAGAGGCCGUCAAGUGAAGAAGGAUUCAUUCGACUCGCGAAUUAUUAAACCAUGUUAUGUAUGCCAACUAGAGAAGAGACCUCAAUCUCCUCCUAAUGAAAGUGUAUGUAUUUCUUCGAGUAAUGUUACUCCAGAAAGAGCAGAGACAACAAAAAAGAGGCGGAUCACGUGGACUCAGGAUCUCCACGAGCAAUUUUGUGAAUGUGUAAAUCGACUUGGAGGAGCCAAAAAGGCAACACCAAAGGCAAUCCUUAAGCUGAUGAACUCUUACGAAUUGAGCAUUUCAAAUAUUAAAAGUCACUUGCAGAAAUAUCGCGUUACCUGUGAUGUAACGGUAUCCCUCAAAGAUGCAGUUAAAACUGAAGGAUCACCUCGUAGAAGUUCAUUUCCAGCGCAUGGUCCAGAAACGUGCCCGCAAAUAUUGGAGGCUCUGAAACUGCAAAUAAGUGUCCAGCAGAGCCUAUAUGAACAACUUGAGAUUCAGAGAAGCUUACAAUUGCGGAUUGAAGAACAAGCAAAGCAACUCAAGGAAAUGUUUGAUCGCCAAGCAGAAACUAACAAAAAUUUCCAGCUUAGCGUUUAAAUUGUCCGUCGCCUAUGUUUAGAAGAACAACAACAACAACAACAACUUAUGAUUGACAAUAAGCAACUUCAACUUAGGCAUGACUGUUGUCAAGCAUCUACUGCUUAUAUUUUACUUAGGCGUGAGGGAAAAAACGUUUUUGAAAAUGAACUUGUGAAAAACAGUUGUAAUUGAUUUUAACUUGGGAAAGGAAGAGAUGAGAGGAAACAAAAUUAGUUGUCUUGAUAUUUUGAAAUCCAACACAAACUACUGCUUAUAUUUUACUUGUUAGCAUAUUUCAAUGAAGUGAGUGACGUUAUUUACUAGUA